ACAGCAAAAUGUCAACAAUUGUGAUAUCGUCACCAUCAGAACAAAACAGUGAUAAUGAAACUAGUGAUAAUGAAGCACAAUUCGAAAUACGCGAAAUACACGAAAGUGAAAGUGAAAGUGAAAGAAACGAAACACCAGAAAUCACACACAAUACAAAAGAUUUCCCACUAACAGAUCUUCUGAGACGACACCUUGGUACUGUAUUAAUUUGUGCCCUUAGCUCAGUGAGUUUUCUUUUAAUGGUUGCCAUAAUUAUUCUGUUCCAACGGAAUUUUAUGCCAGCUACUGUCAACGUAGUUUCACACGAACAAACAAACUUCCACAUAGACGAACCCUUAACAGAAACACCAAUAGAAAGUAAAGUCGUGUCUUUAGUUCCGGAGUCUAAAUUCAAGCUAGUUUCCCGUUUGGAGUGGCUGGCGCAACCCCCCGCUCAUCCGGCCAAACCCUUCCACACCCCCGUCCCCUACGUGAUCAUCCACCACACAGCCACCGAGGACUGUUCUUCCCGAGCCCAGUGCACUUUCAUCGUUCGUUUCAUCCAAAUCUACCAUAUCGAAAAUCGCCGUUGGUGGGACAUCGGCUACAAUUUCCUGGUUGGGGGCGACGGCGAGGCCUACGAGGGUCGAGGGUGGAAGUCCGUGGGUGCUCACACGUCCUUGCACAACGCCCAAAGCAUAGGAAUUGCCUUCAUUGGGAGUUUUGAUAGUCACAAACCCCCUGAGAAGCAAAUCGCUGCUUGCAAAGACUUGAUAGCGGAAGGGGUGGAAUUGGAGUAUAUUAAAAGGGACUACAAAGUGUUAACUCCAAGACAGCUGCAGUUAUCAAAUAGUCCAGGUGCAGCGCUCUAUGAAGAUAUAAAAACUUGGAACCACUGGACCCAAUCCCCGUAGUAGUUUCC